AUGCCUCCCAAAAACAAUUAGAGUGGAUUUAUGUCUGUAGAAUAGAGAUCAGAAAUAGGAGAUUUCUCUAGACAUACUCCAGCAAGAUCUCUAGUAUAACCUCGUAAUAGAUCAAUUCUAGCAACAGCAUCAAGGAGAACAGGAACUUAAUCUUAACAUUCUCCUACAAGAAUGACUGUUGAAACACAUGAAGCAGUAUAUUGGGGAACAAAUAUUGAUGAAAGAGCUAUUGAAAAAUAAUUUGAUAGAUUUUUAAAAGAAUAUAGAUCUGGAGGAAUGGAAUAUUAUAUGAGUCAAUUGAAUUAAUUAAAUGAAACAGAUUAAUUCAUCUUAAAUAUUGAUGGCAGACAUUUAUUAGAAUUCAAUAAUCAUUUGUAUUAACAAUUAAUUCAUUAUCCAGCAGAAAUAAUUCCAAUUUUUGAUACUGUAGUAUAAAAAGUGUUUUAUGAUGAUUUUUUAUCUUUAAAAGCAAGAAAUGAAUAAGAGAGAGAAGAAUUUAGAUUAUAUGCAUAAAGAUUAUUAAUAGGUAUUAUAAAUCUGGAGAGGAAUGUUUAAGUGAGAGAAUUGAAUCCAAAGGAUAUAAAUAAAUUAAUAAGUGUAACAGGAAUAGUAAUUAGAUGUAGUGAAUUAUAUCCUGAUAUGAAAUAAGCUACAUUCAAAUGCACUAAAUGUGGUCAUAUAGUAGGAGUAAAUAUUGAAAGAGGAAGAGUUGAAGAACCUAUUAGUUGUUAAAGAUGUAGAGACAAGAAUUCCUAUGAACUCAUACAUAAUCUCUGUUAAUUUACAGAUAAAUAAUAUGUUAAAUUGUAAGAAUAACCUGAAAAUGUACCUGAAGGUUAUACACCAUAAACUGUAAACUUAGUACCUUAUGAUUAUAAUGUGGAUGAUGUGAAACCAGGAGAUAGAAUUAUUGUUGUAGGUGUUUAUAGAGCUGCUCCUAUUAGAUAAACUAAAAAUAGAAGAGUUUUAAAAUCUAUUUAUAAUACAUUCAUUGAUGUUAUAUCAUAUCAAAAAGAAACUAAAAUUGAAUAAGAAAAAACUAAAAACAUUACUGAAGAAUAAAAAUAAAAAUUAAUGUAUCUUUCUUAAUAACCAAAUAUUUAUGAUAUACUAGUUAAAUCUAUUGCACCAUCUAUUUGGGAAAUGGAGGAUGUUAAAAAAGGAGUACUUUGUUAAUUGUUUGGAGGAACUAAUAAAGAAUUUUCUUAAGCAGGUANAACAAGAAUGACUGUUGAAACACAUGAAGCAGUAUAUUGGGGAACAAAUAUUGAUGAAAGAGCUAUUGAAAAAUAAUUUGAUAGAUUUUUAAAAGAAUAUAGAUCUGGAGGAAUGGAAUAUUAUAUGAGUCAAUUGAAUUAAUUAAAUGAAACAGAUUAAUUCAUCUUAAAUAUUGAUGGCAGACAUUUAUUAGAAUUCAAUAAUCAUUUGUAUUAACAAUUAAUUCAUUAUCCAGCAGAAAUAAUUCCAAUUUUUGAUACUGUAGUAUAAAAAGUGUUUUAUGAUGAUUUUUUAUCUUUAAAAGCAAGAAAUGAAUAAGAGAGAGAAGAAUUUAGAUUAUAUGCAUAAAGAUUACUAAUAGGUAUUAUAAAUCUGGAGAGGAAUGUUUAAGUGAGAGAAUUGAAUCCAAAGGAUAUAAAUAAAUUAAUAAGUGUAACAGGAAUAGUAAUUAGAUGUAGUGAAUUAUAUCCUGAUAUGAAAUAAGCUACAUUCAAAUGCACUAAAUGUGGUCAUAUAGUAGGAGUAAAUAUUGAAAGAGGAAGAGUUGAAGAACCUAUUAGUUGUUAAAGAUGUAGAGACAAGAAUUCCUAUGAACUCAUACAUAAUCUCUGUUAAUUUACAGAUAAAUAAUAUGUUAAAUUGUAAGAAUAACCUGAAAAUGUACCUGAAGGUUAUACACCAUAAACUGUAAACUUAGUACCUUAUGAUUAUAAUGUGGAUGAUGUGAAACCAGGAGAUAGAAUUAUUGUUGUAGGUGUUUAUAGAGCUGCUCCUAUUAGAUAAACUAAAAAUAGAAGAGUUUUAAAAUCUAUUUAUAAUACAUUCAUUGAUGUUAUAUCAUAUCAAAAAGAAACUAAAAUUGAAUAAGAAAAAACUAAAAACAUUACUGAAGAAUAAAAAUAAAAAUUAAUGUAUCUUUCUUAAUAACCAAAUAUUUAUGAUAUACUAGUUAAAUCUAUUGCACCAUCUAUUUGGGAAAUGGAGGAUGUUAAAAAAGGAGUACUUUGUUAAUUGUUUGGAGGAACUAAUAAAGAAUUUUCGUAAGCAGGUAAAGGUAGAUUUAGAGCAGAUAUUAAUGUUUUAUUAGUAGGUGAUCCAUCAACAAGUAAAUCUUAAAUAUUAUAAUGUGUUCAUUAAUUAUCAAGUAGAGGAAUUUAUACAUCAGGUAAAGGAUCAUCAGCAGUUGGUCUAACUGUUUAUGUAUCUAGAGAUCCAGAAACAAGAGAGAUCAUCUUAGAAUCUGGAGCAUUAGUACUUAGUGAUAUGGGUAUUUGUUGUAUUGAUGAAUUUGAUAAAAUGGAUGAUAAUGCUAAAACUAUUUUACAUGAAGCUAUGGAAUAAUAAACUAUUUCUGUAGCCAAGGCUGGUAUAGUAAGUUAGUUAAAUGCCAGAACUGCUGUUUUAGCUGCUGCUAAUCCACUCAAAUCUAGAUAUGAUGUCAAAUAAUCAGUUGUUUAAAAUAUUAAUAUGCCACCAACUAUUUUAUCUAGAUUUGAUCUUAUUUAUCUAGUACUUGAUGAAUUCAAUGAAAAAAGAGAUGAAAUGUUAGCAUAUCAUAUUUUAAAUAUGUAUUCUCUAAAAGACAAGCAAGAUUAUUUAAAUUAAAUUGAAGAAGAAGGAAAUACAGAUAUAAUUGAUAGAGAAACUUUGUAUAGUUAUAUAUGUUAUGCAAAAUAAAACAUAUUUCCAAGACUGACUGAAGAAGCACAAAAUGAAUUAAUUGCAGCUUAUGUUAAAAUGAGAAGUGCAGGAAAUUCUUCUAAUACUAUAACUGCUACACCAAGAUAAUUAGAAUCCUUAAUUAGAUUAUCUGAAGCCUUGGCAAAAAUGUAAUUCAACUAAAGAGUUGAAAAUUAUCAUGUUUAAGAGGCAGUUAAAUUAAUGGAAACUGCUAUGAAAAAAGCAGCUCUUGAUCCUAUUACUGGUAAAUAUUACAUUUUAUUUCUAGGUAAAAUUGAUAUGGAUUUAUUGGCAACUGGUAGAUCCAAUGCUUCAAGAGAAUUAGUUUCUAAGUUUAUUGUUGAAAUCACUAAUUUAAUUAAAGCCAAUUUAUCUGAUUACAGAGGAUAAGGUGUCAGAUUUUUUGAUUUUGUAGAAUAAGUAUUUAUAUUUAAUGAAUUUUUAGAUUAAUACUCUAGUAUCUGCCUAAACAAAUGAAUAAACUAUGAUUGAUAAGAGACAGUAUUAAAAAGAAAUCUUAGAAGCUUUGCAUUUACUUGAAGAAUAAGGUUUUGUCUAAUUACCAGGUGACAGAAAUAAACCAAAAAUAAAAGCUGGUAUUAAAGCUCUUUAAUGA